UCUCUUCGCUUUUCUUCGAUUAUGGAAUUAUCCUUUAAUGAACUCCUCCUCCUCCUCCUCCUUCUCCUCCUUCUCCUUUCUCCUCCUUCUACGAAACGAACGCGCGUAACACGAUUUUUAAUCUUACACCGCGGGUCAAGCGAGGGGCUUUUGUCGGUACACCGACAUUCCUCGUGACCGCAGGAAUGUCGGUCAGUGUGCGAGACCGAAACGCGCCUACGGUGAACCGCUGGUGGUCCAACAUUGAGCCCGUUUCACGAACCUGAAACGAUAUCUCCGCUCGUUCGUGGUACCUUUCCUCAUCCUACUCGGUUCGAAUCUGUGGUCGCGAGCCAAAUCAGAUUUCAACGUGUCGAUUCAAUGUCUCGCGGCUCUUCCGAAUGUUCAAAGACCACCUGCCGUUUCGCGAAGCGCUUAACGAGUGAGUCACUCGUCCCACCGAAGACGAACGAGAUAGAGAAAGAGUAGGAACGCUUUGGAGGAGGAUGUAGAAUGCGAGCUAGAUUGCGGUCCAGUCCGUGACGAUGAUCCAGCAGGAUGAGUCGUCGCUAAUUGGCUUCGCCCACGAGAGAAUCGAUCUUCUCGUCGGCGCUCGAUUAGCGUACCAACGUUACGAAAAUCUACUUGGUCGUUUUCAGCGCUCGUUGUCUAUCGACGACCAUUUCCUCGACCGUGAUUCUUUUUGCUCGAUUCGUUUACGAAUAAGAAAUAAUGAAAAGGUACAAAGGACGAUCGAUGGUAAGAGUCGUGGCUUCCUAUGGGAGAAGACGUCGAUUGGCGGAGGAGGUGCCAGGACUUUACAUUCGGCGCCUGACUCUCGAGGAUCCUCGGAGCGCGAAGGAACGGUCAAGCGGUUCAAGGUCGCGCACGCCACCGCGCCAUAUCUGUCAUCCCGCCGGUCCAUACGUCUCCUCCUCCUUCUUCUCCAGUCGUGGAUCUUCCAGUUACAGAUCAUGGCAAGAACGAAUACGUAAGGAACGACCGGCCUAUUUGACGAUCGUUUCUCUGGAGCUACCAGAAGCACCGGUACCGUUGAUCGAGUCGCUAGCGAGCGGUCGGCUGAACGAGUCAGACGUGGCUGAUCGACCCGACGACAAGGACGACAUCCUCGACGAACUUUUGGAGAAAGUAAGCGAGCUCGGUAAGGAGAGAGAAAGGGAAUCUCGCGGGAGAAAGCUCAAUACGUUUUUCAGAGAGAGAAGAAGUCGGAAGGUCGGCUCAUUGGAAUGUACGAAGGAAGUUGCCACCCUCGAGGAAUGUACGAGAAACAUUCUUCGGGCUCGCCAGGAAGGAGAGAACGAGAUGCCGUCGGUGGAAGAAGACUUUCGAGAUGUCAAGGAUUGCAUCUGUUCCGAAAUCCCAGGGAAGUUGCGUAUCAACGUAAGAAAGAAGACGGAAGUUAUGAGCGCGUCGUCGAGGAGCCCGAGCCCAGUGGUGACCCACACGAUAAGAAUCGCGAUGAAGUAUCACGGACGAGCAGGACGAUGCAACGGGAAGGAGAACAAGGAGACUGGAAAAAAGGAUAGAAGAUCUCAAGGGACAAACGGCAAGAAUAUUCGAGAGAGAACGACGACGAGCGGGGUAGUUGGAAAGGGGGAUGAUGAGUUUGUUCGGGAGGAGGGUUGUUGCACCGGUGUGAACGUAGCUUUAGAUUUCACGUUGAAUUGCAACAGCGUGCGCCUGACGUCUCGUGACAUAAGUCUCAAAGCUGAAACGAGGGACGAAGGACGCUAAGAGACGUCUAGCUAAAUCGUUAAGAUUAGCGUUUCGAACCGCUUAGUCGUGGUUCCGAUAGAUGCAUAAAAGAAUCAAUGGCGAAAAUAUGUGAAAAUUUUUCUAUAUGAAAUUUUCCUCUUUACCGUUCUAAAGUUUCCGUCGACGUGACGUUUAUAGAAUAGCAAAGAGAAAGAAGAAAAAGUAUAAACGAGUUUCGGCAGAAUCUUAAGGCAAAAGUAAAAGGACCGUUUCUCGUGCGAAUAACGAAAUUCGGAAUCUCCCGGAGGGCAAUAAAUCGCAAUCGCUAGUUCGAUUUCUCCGAAGAGAAGGAGGAGGAGGAGGAGGAGGAGGAGGAGAGAAACGCACACUCGCGCACGCGCGCAGCCUAUUAAUUAGAUCGUCUAAUAAAUCGCCAGCAAGCGGACGGCGAAGUAGAAGCGCCGUUAGGCUCUUUCUCGUCGUCCUUCGGCUCUCUCUCGUCGUCCAAAGAAAGAAUCAGAAGAGGAACAAGGAGGUGGAGGAGGAUAAGAAGAAGAAGAAGAAGAAGAAGAAGAAGAAGAAGAAGAAAGAAAGAAGAAGAGGAGGAGGAAAAGAGAAGCGCGUAGGAUCGUACGAGAGGUUCCUUUUCUCCCGGUGGACCAGCGCAAGAUGAGAAUCGCACGUCUAGCUUGGCCCCUUGGAAGGCCGAGCCAGCCCAAACCGGGUGAGAGAAGUUGGCCGGUUCUCCCUUCUCCCCACCUCCACUCCCUCUCUCUCUCUCUCUCUCUCGUCGCAUUUUUAUUCUGUCUGUGCUGUGUACGCUGCUCUUUCUCUCUCUCUCUCUGUCUCUCUCUCUCUCUAAGGGCGAAAAUGGUUCAUGGCCGUUUCCAACCGCCGAUUUCGUCGCGGAUCCUGCGAGGAGGAUCGACCUCCUCCUUCCCGUCCUCUUCCCGUUGCUGCCGUCGUCUCUCUUUUUUUUUUUUUUUUUUUUUCUUUUUCUCUCCUCUCUUCUUGUUUCCGAUAAACGCGCGUUUGUAGAAAACCCGAGAAGUUUACACCCGCUACGAGCCGUUUCCCGCGAGAUUCGUAUAUUUGCGAUCAUAUUACGCGUUAUUUGCAUACCGCGCUCGUUCGAAUAAUGUCAGGUUAGCGUUUAUUCCCCCUUUUUUUUCCCCUUUUUAUUUUUCAACGGAUAAAAUUCAAAGUUAGAACACAUCUCCUUUGUGAAAGAGGAACGUUAACAUUGUUGCGUCCGGCUGCAGUUAUAAUGAGUAUGCGAAUAGGUAUCUAGUUUGCAUCGUGGACCAUAUUUUUCACGAGUCUCAAUAAAAAUAUAAACUUUAUCGCGAGAUAAAAAUGCAUUUCGCUUCUCUUCCCAUCGUUUCGGUUAUUACGAAUGAGAUUUUGAUUUUACCCCGGCAACGGACUACACAAUAUCGUUCUAUUUUAUCGAUUAGUUCCUUCAUUGCCGACAAAGCUGAUUAGAUUAUUUUCUCUUUUCGCUUUAUCCUUUAUUUUCCAUCGAUACGCCUUACGUCCGAGCUCUUUCUUUGCUUCCUUCCUUCCUUCCUUCCUUCCUUCCUUCCUUCCUUCCUUCCUUCCUUCCUUCCUUUCUUCCUUCUUUCCUUCCGUAAAUCUUCUUUCUCGUCAUCUUUGCAGUUUGCUUGCUCCGCUACCAACCAACCCCCUUUACUUUGCGCCGGCAUCGAUUAACGUGUUUACUCGAUUGAGACGCGCAAAAACGCGCGAACGAGUAUCCACAAAUGACUUUCGACGAAGAUCUGCGAGAGAACGAAAGACAAAGGAGACUUUGUGCGCCGUUGAUGAGGCUACGAUGUCUUGCGCUUCCUUUUUUCUUUCCUUCUUUUUUCUCUUCUCCCCGUCCACCUUCUUUUCUAUAUAUCUCUUUCUCUCUCUCUCUCUCUCUUUCUCUCUCCGUCUCCGUCUCCGUCUCGCUCCAAGAUAUCGAUGUAAAAAGAGAAAAAAGAGACGCAAAUGGAAGACGAUGAGACGCUAUUGUAGAGAUUGCAAAUUGGUAUGUUGAUUACUGUACCGGGAAAAAGAAUAAAAGAUGAACGCGCUUCUCUUGUUUUAAAGUCUCUUUUCGAGACGAGCUCGUUGUUCGUAUUGUGCUUUUUUCUUUUUUUUUUUUUUUUUUUUUUUUGUUUCCUUUCCUUUCGACGUUGGUUGCAUCGCCUCGGAUGUUUUCCGAUAAUAUCCAUCCUCGUCUUUUUUCGUUGCGCGUCUUAAUCAUUGCUACGAGUCCUGGCUUCUGAAAAAUGAAAUCCCACGUAAGUAAGUGUAUUUCGCUUCUAUAUCUCUUUCGGAACGAUUCCAUUAAUUCCAUUAUUCGUUUAUCAAAACCAAAUUAAAUUGAUAAUGUUCUAUCUAAAUGAGGUUUUUAUAUUCACGCUUCAAAAAUUGUUCUCGUAGACGAUUUCGAUCCCUCGACUUUUUCCCUCGAGCUCGAACGUGCAAGACGAGCGAUACUUUGGAAUUAAGAUAUCGGAUAUACUCUUAUACUCGUCGUCCCCUAAGUGGACUUACCGAUCGAGCAUCGCGUUCGUGAACGAGGAGGCUUCGAUUAAGCCGGACAGCCCGAUUAAUUCCGUCGAUUCGAAGAAUCGACGCCCGUGAACGGUUCGAGGGAACGACCUUUAACGUUUCCAACGUGUACGCCAAAUUUCUGACAUUUUUACGACAAUUAAUUUUGCUCUUAAAGCGGUUGCGUGUCCGCGCGGCGAAUUGGCUCGUCUGCUCGAUGAUUAAAAAAAUGCGAUAGUUGGAUCGUUUUAACGCGUAUACGCGAACAUUCGUAUACGUAGCCGACGUUCGUAAUAACAAAAUUCUUUUUUUUUUUUCGAGGAGACGGGAGGAAAAGGAAAAGAACGAAAUAAACGGAGAGAGCUCCUUUUGCGCCCC